UAGAUUAAAAAAAAAUUGAAACAUUUAAGUUAUAUUGAAGAUCAAUAAUACUUAUUUUUAUAUAUAUACAUAUAUAAAUAUAUUCGUAUAAUGUAAUUUACUGGCAAGUUAUUUUUGUGUGUUAAUAAAUUUUAAAAAAAUGUCAAAAACACCAACUUCUCCCAGCGCUUCCGUAUCAAAAACAGAAGAAAUAAAAUUUAACACCUUGAUUGAGAAGCGACUUGGAUCUGGAGAUACCAAGCGUAAAGAGCCUGUAAAUAAAACAACAAGUCACCGAAUUGGACCUUCUCCGAUAAAAGAUGCAUCUAUUUCAACUAAGACUGAAGUGUCUACACCCGGGUGUUUAGACAGUGACCUGGAAGAUAUUGAUUUUAGAAACUUUGACAGUAAAAUUUCUAAAGCUGGAUGCAAAGGAUUACUAACUUAUUUUUCAAAACUUGGCCAUUCUUCGGAAGAUAGCGCAAUUGAUUUAGAUUUUGUUGAAUCGUUGUUAGGAAGCGGCGCUGAUAUAAACUUUUCUGACAAGUAUGGUCAAUCAGUAAUUCAUGAAAUAGUUAGAGAUUGGAAUAUAGAGUCCGCAAAGUAUGUUUUUAAAAAGGGUGCUGAUUUAAAUAAAGAAGAUAAAUACGGAAGAACACCGUUGCAUUUAGCCUCGGCAGUAAAUCAUUAUGAAAUGGUUGAGUGGCUUAUAACAAAUGGUGCUUCUAUUAACGCAAAAACAAUUGGAGAAAAUCAAACACCACUUCAUUACGCGGCAAAGAACAAUGCUGUUGACAGUACUCGCAUUAUAUUGCAUAUGGGUGGUGACAUUGGUGCUAGAGAUUAUAAAGGAAGAACCCCUUUAUUUGUUGCUGCUGAAACAGGGAGAUCUCAGGCAUGCAGAUUUUUAAUUGAACAAGGAGCACCAGUUGGCAUUUUUGAUGACGUAGGAACAGCUUUGAUGGUUCUUUUAAUCGAAAAAAUGCCUGAUGUAGCAAAGGUAGCAUUAGGACAAUUUUAUAUUAUUGACAAAGCUCUACGAAAGCAGUACUUUUACUUGAACUAUUUGGAGCAAGGAGUUUGGAAAAAAAUGGCGAGUAAAAGAGGCAAUUCCAUUAGAACAUCGUAUGCAAGAACUCCUCUAGAGACUAUCUGCAUUUAUAAUGAGAACGAAUUGAUCAUGCAUCCAGUCAUUCUUCAAUUAAUUACUAUCAAAUGGAAUUUAUUUGGCAGAAUGUAUUCUAUGGUUGACGUUGUGAUUAACUUUCUAUACACGCUAUUAUGGACUGUCAUUGGAAUUACCUUGCCAAAAGGAGAAACGAAUAAUUCAUUUUAUACUCCAUUUAGUGUCAAUUGGUGGCGAAUUACUCUUGAACUUAUUAGUGUUUCUCUAGCUGUUUAUUUCAUCUUAACGCAAAUGGCACAAUUCAAACGUGUUGUGAAACGUGAACAAAAGUACAAAGAAUGGAGAGUUCGUGAGGUUGAAAGAGAUUUACAAUAUGCUCAUCCACGUUGGCCAGAGGAGAGACGAUAUCUUAUUUCACAGAUGGACAAUAUUAGAAAUUCAAACGUGACGUCAUAUUGGAAAGAUGGUUGGAACAUAUUUGAAUGGAUAACAUUUGCAUCAAUUCUUUCUGUAAUUGGCACUCGAGUAGCUGCAUGCAUGAGCGGAUCUGUUUCUUCGUUAUCUUGGCAUCGAAGAACUUUUUUGUUGUUAUUAGUGCUUUUAUGGUUGCGAUUUAUGAAAUGCUGUCGAUGCUAUCAAAGCUUAGGACCAUUUAUAACAAUGCUCAACCACGUGUUUUUAAAUACAAUGAAAUUCAUCUUUUUAUUCUUUGAGUUUUUUAUACCGUAUGUUUGCACGUUUUGGAUUGUCUUUGGAGGAAAUAGUCAAGUUUCUGAGUUUGAAAAAUUUAACGACCUUGUUUACCAAGUGUUUCUUAUGACUCUUGUUUCAGAUUUUGAACAAGAACAGUUAACUAAAAGUAAUAAAUUGUUAGCUCAGAUUUUGAUUGGUUCAUAUAUAACAAUAGCAGCAAUUGUUUGUCUUAAUCUUUAUAUUGCGCUCAUGAACGAAACGUUUAAUCGAGUUUAUGCUUCUGCAAGAGCAACAGCUUUUAUGUUGCAAGCAAACAGGUUGAUGGAGUUAGAAAGAUCAUUGGGUAGAGAGAAAAAAAAAAAGGUCAAACAUUUUAUGGACAAAGAAUGUUCACCACAGGUUAUAUAUGAAACUGGUGGUUCGCGUGAUGAGGUUAAUGAUGAUAAGCAACUUUUGACUUUAUAUCAAGCAACAAACUCGCUAAAAGAAAUCAAAGAAAUACUUUCAGAUAAAAGUUUGCUGACGGAAACUAAAGGAUGUCAAGAAAUAAUUGAUUUGAUGUAUCAAAGAUUGCAAAUGGACAAAAAAGAAUUGAAUGAAAUAAAGGAUUGGUUGUUUGCAAUGCAAAACGUUUUUGACAAUGUUUCUAAGUUUAAUAAUACUGGAAAGCAAAACGUAGUUUUUAAUGGAAAAAAUGAUGAAGGAAAUAAAGUUAUAGCUGAACAAAUCUUUAAGACUGAUUCAUCAGAAUACAAUAAAGGAUCUCAAAGUUUUAACCCAACAAUAAAAAAUAAUUCUACCAAUAUUUCUGUUCUUUCUAAUAAAACUAUAAAUCAAACAUUAGACAAAUUAAAUCAGAACGUCGGUUCUCAAAAAAACUUUUCAAAAGGAUCUGUCUGCAACUUAGAGCUUCAACUAAAUAGAGACCCGAAUGCGGUUACACAUCCCGCAAAUGAAAACUUUUACCUACAAGCACCUUCCAGUUUAAAGUAUGCAAGUAACCUAAGUUUAAUAAAUUCAGAUAGUUUUAUUACAAUGCCUAACAAUAUGAAUUAUUUACCUAAUACUAAUAACAAUAUGAAUCCUUUAUACAACAACAACAACUUCAGUAGCCCAACCACGUCUCAAUUUAUCCCUCAAGGUGAAAAAAAGACAGAAAAAAACGAAAAAGUUGAUGCACAAACAAUAAAAAGUAAAUCCCCAUCUCCAACAACUCGCAGAGACAAAACUCAUCAGCCAUUUAACAAAUUUAAUCAGAUCCCUAACUCUACAAAAGGUAUUUUAAAAGAAUCUAAAUCAAGUUUAGAAGUUCACGACGUUAAUGCUAAUUCGCAUUUAGUCAAUACAAAUUUUUAUCCGCUAGCACCUCCCAAUAUAAAGUACGGAAGUAAUUUAAGUUUAGCUCAUGCGCCUGAGCAUUUUACCACAGCAUUUGACGGUAUUUAUUAUUUACCCAACAAUGAUGGAACUUUAUCACCUUGUAUGCCGCAGUCACAAAAUGAAAAUGAAUUAAACAAAGGAUUAAUUUCCGAAAAAAAAAAGGAAGAAUUAUUUGUUCAAAAGUUUGAAGUUGGUUCAAAUAAGUAUAACUCUGAAACAAAUGUAUCAGGACCAGUAUUAAAAAUGCCAACUCCACCAAAUCUUCGUAAGGAAAACAUCAAUCAAUCAUCAUUUAACCUGAGUCCUAGUUCUACUAGGAAUACUAGUAAAUGGUCCAAAGCCAACUUAGCGGCACAAAAUAAUAAAAUUGAUAGCCUCGUUUCCCACUCGUUUAAAUCAAGUUUAUACCCACAAGCACUUUUAAAGCAUGCAAGUAUUUCAAGCCUACCACCUCCUCCAGAUCACUUUAUUACAUCACCAGACAAUAUAAUUGAUCCAUCUAAUGGCUUUAUUCGAAAUUCUCAAAGUUUUAGCGAUAUAAGUUAUCAUCAAUCUUCAAAUUUACCUAGUAAAGAAUCUUUACUUCAUAAUGAAAACACAAAGAAAAAAAGACGGCGUAGAAGUCGAAGCUCAAAAAAUAAAAAAGACAGUAUCGAAGUUGAUGCUUUAAGUUUAAAAAAUUCAACUUCGGAGACCAAUCUCUAAAAAAAACAAAUAAUAAAUGAAUGCAUAAAAUACUUUGAAGAAUAUCAUUUUAUUAGAAUUGUUGAUUUUGGAAUUUAAAUCAUAAUUAAAUAACAGUAACAGAAUUAUAAAAUAUGUACAACAUCUGUUCUCGACAAGUUUAUAGAUUAGUAGUCCCUGAAAAGUUUA